AUGGGGAAGCCCGCCGACGCAGAUGUCGACGUCAACGUCGCGCCAAACGGUCACUCUCAACCUCAACCUCACACGACCACCACGGCACCACCAACACCAACACCGAGAACCACCCGCACGCUCUCACGGAUUUCCACCACCACCAUGUCCUCCCCGGCCGUGUACAAAGUAUACCGACGGCGCUUCUUCGGCCUGUUACAACUCGUGCUCCUCAACAUCGUCGUCUCGUGGGACUGGAUCGCCUUUGCCCCCGUCAGUUCGACGUCCGCGCAAUACUUCCACACCAGCGAGACGAACAUCAACUGGAUCUCGACCGCGUUCCUCUUCGCCUUCUGCGUCACGACGCCCCUGACCUUCUGGGUCCUGCACCACCAUGGCUGCAAAACUGCCAUCAUCAUCGCGGCCACCCUCGUCCUGAUCGGCAACUGGAUCAAAUACGGCGCGACCCGCGCCAACUCCUUCGCCGGCGUCAUGGUCGGCCAGCUGAUCAUUGGGUUCGCACAGCCCUUCGUUCUCUCCUCCCCCACGAGCUACAGUAAUCUCUGGUUCAGCCCUGCCGGGCGCACGACAGCUACGGCCGUCGCCUCGCUCAGUAAUCCGUUCGGCGCGGCGUUGGGCCAGUUGAUCUCGCCGUUUUGGGCAGAUCAGCCGGACGAAAUCCCCAAUAUGAUACUGUACAUCAGUAUUAUCGCGAGCGUCGCAAGUAUACCCGCGUUCUUCAUCCCACGGAAACCGCCCACACCACCAUCAGCAGGUUCGAAGCCCGACGAACUUGAGGCAUCCGAUCACGUGGACCGAACUUCGGUGCGCAAGGACCUGCACACCUUGAGUCGUUCUUUUGAAUUUUAUCUCCUGUUUGUGCCCUUCAUCGUGUACGUUGGCCUUUUCAACGCGUUCAGCUCCUUGCUCAAUCAAAUCCUCGAGCCGUAUGGGUUCAGCGAGACGGACGCCGGGAUCGCGGGCGCCAUUUUGAUAGUCGUCGGCCUGGUGUGCUCCGCCAUUUCCUGCCCGAUCAUCGACAAAUAUAAAUUCUACCUCGUCUAUAUCAAAUGCGCGAUUCCCUUCCUAGGACUCGCAUACCUGGUAUUUGUCUGGGCCCCGCAAUCAAAAAGUCUCGCGUACGUUGACGUGAUAUGCGCGAUUUUGGGUGCUGCGAGUUUCGGUCUGGUCCCUGUCGUGCUGGAGUUUCUGGUGGAGAUCCAUUAUCCUCUCGGUCCGGAGCUGGGGAGUUCGUUGUGCUGGUGUGGUGGGCAGUUAUUUGGAGGCCUGUUUGUGAUUAUCAUGAAUGCACUUAAAGAAGGGAAAGGCGCAAGUCCACCGAAGAAUAUGAAGAGAGCCUUGAUUUUUCAGGCCGUGUUGGCUAUGUUGGUGUUGCCGAGUCCGCUGUGUUUGGGCUUGUUUGGACGGCAAGGGAGGGUGAGAAGAAGGAGAUGGGAGGUGGAUCGAAGAAUUGAUGGGUCGGUCGAGCAGGUUAUCGUUGAUGAUGAUGCGCAGUUACUGGAUGCGAAUGCGAGGCCUGGGGCUGUGAGGGUGUGA